UCCUUCCCCCCCGCCUCCUCCGCCACCUUCGCCUCAGCGGCGCGAGCGGGGUGAGAGGCGCGGGGCGCUCGCGGAGCCGGCGGCGCUGUCCUCGGCGCUGUCCUCGGGGCUCGGCGGCAGCGGCCGCAGCGGAGGCGCAGGGCGAGCGAGCGAGCGAGCGAGCGAGCGAGCUGCAGGAGCAGGAAUGAGGGGAGACUCCUACUUCUUUGGAAUGCGAGGCCUCAGUCACUAUGGCUGCAGCGCAGAGGAUGGAGGACAGUUCUUAAUCUAUUCCAUAGAUGGAAACAGCAGUUUAAAGAGAUGUUUUGCAGAGGAAGAUUUUCAUGAAGUAAUUGACUUCAACGAUCUCCCAAACUCUCUAUUUGCUUGUAAUGUUCACCAGUCUGUGUUUGAAGGAGAGGACAGUAAGGAAAAAUUUGAAGGCUUGUUCCGUGCCUAUGACGACUGUGUGACAUUCCAGCUGUUUAAAAGCUUCAGACGUGUGCGGAUAAAUUUUAGUAGUCCCAAAUCAGCUGCUCGUGCCAGAAUAGAGCUGCAUGAAACACAGUUCAGAGGGAAGAAGUUAAAGUUGUAUUUUGCACAGAUUCAGACCUCUGAGACAGAUGGAGACAAGCUUCAUUUAGCUCCACCACAGCCUGCAAAACAGUUUCUCAUCUCGCCUCCAGCCUCCCCACCUGUAGGGUGGCAACCAAUAGAUGAUGCAACACCUGUCAUCAACUACGACCUCCUUUAUGCAGUUUCUAAACUAGGACCAGGAGAGAAAUACGAGCUGCACGCAGGGACGGAGUCCACCCCCAGUGUGGUAGUGCACGUUUGCGACAGUGACAUGGAAGAAGACGAGGACCCAAAGAAUUCUCCAAAGCCAAAAAUCAUUCAAACUCGGCGCCCUGGUCUGCCACCUCCUGUAUCUAACUGAGCCUCGCCGGCAGAAACAGCACUUCUCUCCUCCAACACAGCUCUUGUUUUUUGUUUGCUUUGUUUUAUUGAAAGGCAGCUGUUGCCUUAUGAGUACCAGGACAUUGAGCUCAUUGAAAUCCCUCACAGUAAUCAAGCCUGUGUAACAAAAGGGCUAGGAAAAAGAUCUUUGUAUAUGUAACCAUAUCACACACCAACUACGCUAAUAGCUUUUCUGGAAAGGACAAAAACAGGCUGAAGGAGGAAGGGUGUCAGUCUGAGGACUUCUCACAGCUAUAAUUUGCAUGCUGUAACAACAACACCAGAGAGAUAAGUCAGGAUGGGCAAAUAGGCUGAUACCGGGCUUGAUACUCAAACUCCCAGAAUACUCACUGCUGCCCUUCAUCAAAAAGCCUGCUUCUCUGCCCUCUUCAGUUCCCCAGCAGACCUGUCUUUUCCUUUUUUCUUUUUUUUGGGGGGGCAGGGAGGGUGUUUUGUUGUUUUUAAUCUAUUAUCAGCUUGGUGGCCUUUUCAUCCUUCUGAAAUUUUCUUAAGGGACACCAUCUUUGCAACAUUUUUCAGAAACAGGAGAAAAACGCCCUCUUCCACCAACAGCUGCAGAGACAACUGGUCCUUAAUAGUGGUGGGGAUGUGAUAUAGAGCUCUCUGGGCUGAGGGGAGAGGGAGCAACUUGCUGAAGGGUCCCAUGUCUUUCAGUCCCCUCUAAGGAGGAGGGAGCCAGAAUAUCGAUAAGGAUUGACAUUUUACCUUCCAUAAAGGUAUGAGUGGUACUUCUCUUUGAAUUUGAGGGAAGAAGAGAAGCCAACUGACUGAUUUAAGGUGGGAUUCAUUGCUCUGUUGUAGCUGCAAAUUCUGCUGAUGAUAAAGGCCUCCCUAGUGGUGUGUUGAAUAGCCCUGAAACUGUUUGUAAUUAGUUGCACAUCCUUAAUAAUUAGUCCUUUUUCCUCCCUACUUCCUGUGCUUUAAAGCCCUUCUGGAGCUGUAUGCAAUUUGGGUUUGUGGAGGUGAGGAGAAAUUAGUUGGUAUUCUUUGUUGUUUUUUUUUUUUUUUUUUUAGGCCAAAGAAAACAGGACCAUAAUUACACACUUGAAAUUAGACUGCAUGAAAUUGAAUCCCCUUUUUCACUAUGUCCUGCAUGUUUCUUUCUCUUGCUAUGUAUACUGGGUUACAAAAAGUGUUCCGUGUUUUCAUCAUGGCUGACAGCAGACAGAUACUGGAUUCCCUGUCUGGUAGAUCUUCCAUGAUGAUUUUUUUUUCAUGCGUACUUGUCAUUUUGAGAACAUUUUCUAGACAUUUGAGCUCCAAUUUUGCAUAUACUUAAGCAUGCGCUUAACUUUAUGCACAUGAGUAGUUCCACUGAAAUUUAAUACUGCAGAAAACUGAGCAUAUGUGUAAGAUACAGUGGGAUUUUAGGCACAGGCUAAUUAACUGCAGCAUUACUCCCCAAAAUGACUACAAAAUGGCACAGUGAGAGUUCAUGGUUUAAAUUCCAUUACAAGUUAAAAUAAGUUUAAAAAAAUAUCUUGGAAGCUCAUUCUAGGAUCUGAAAAGUCAGCUUAGGUUCCGUAAUCAAGAUUUUGACAUAAAACCUAUGGAUCAGGUUUCUGAGGGAAGGUUCCAUUUCACUCUUAAUAAAGCUGCAAAGCUUCAGUAGAAUCGGUGUCACCCUUUCUGCUGUAUUGGCUCUGCAGUACUUCCAGGAAGAAAAGUACGUUGUUUUGUCAGUAAAGUCAGGAGACACCAUUCUCAUUUUCCAUGGUGAGAACAUUCUGAGAAGGACCUGCCAUUCUCGUAUAGUUCAUUCUCUCACCACCACAGUCCCUUAAUAUUCCUGUUGAAAUUUAGAGCCUUACUUAGCAUAUAACUAUAAUGUGAUAACUCUUAAUGCAUUGUGGACAUUGUGUACCUACACUAACGGAAGCAUGUGAAAUACAGCGGAGAGUGAACAAGAAAUAGGGCUUUAGUAUCUUUGUGAUAUCUUGAGUAAAGUUGUCUGAAAAGUAAUUCCUUAGAGGUUUCACUUCAGUUAGUUUUCAGUGAUGCAUUUAGAAUUGAUUUGAAUAAAUAAUUUGUCAGUCGCUACUCUAGGACUAAAAUGUGAUGUUCCUACUGAAAAUGCAGGCAUAGACCACCACCUGUAAUAUUUUAGGGGUUGUGUCUUGUUAUAAAACAUGCUGAAUGCUAAGGCCCAUAGGUUUUGGACCAAUUCUUGGCCACAUCUCCUUAAGUGAAGUAAAUGAUUGGAGAUCUUCACUGAUCAAAACUGAUGCUUUGGAUUUAUAUAUCUAAAAAUGUUAGAGGGCCAAAUCUCGUCCUUGUGUCCAUGCACUCAAACUUUGGAGAGAUUUGGUUCGGAACUGAAUUAUGGACUUUGGCUCCCAACAAUUUAAAACCAUACUGCAAAUAAAGCAUUGGAUCUUCAAUGUUCUUUUCUCAAAGUACACUUACAGAUGUAGGUUUAAAAUGUAGGUUUAAAAACAGGCCUGACUCAGUGAUAAUUCUUUAUCUUUAUAGAACUGAAUAGUACUGUCUUGGAGGAGGUAGAACAUAGCUUCAUUGUGCAAAACACAGAAAUGCAGUUAGAAGAUUGAGAACUCAGAAAAGUCUAUUGUAACUAUAGUCAAAGUUUAAAAAUUGCCUUUGUAUGGUAAAAUACAGUCAUCAAAGAAAAAUAUUUCAGGUAUUGUGGGGUAACUUCCCUAUCAUAAAGUAACAGCAUUAACCUUGUACUUUGCUAGCAGCUGGCUCUUGCCUGGCUGGGAAGAAAAUAAAAGGCUUCUUUCAAAAAAUGCUGACCAUCUGGAAAAGUAAAUUCCUAUAUAAAUUCAGUAAUUCACAUUCUGUCGUUUUGUUCAAAACAAAGCUGCCACUGACUUCAUUGCGAACUUUCCUUUGUGUAGCAUCUCUGAGCUCAGUCCUUGUGACCUGCCCUUUUCAGAGGGGUGUAUCUACAGCGCUGAAGUAGAUUCUCUCUUGUCAUAAUACUAUAAAUAAGAACUAAAUCUAUUCAUUACAUUCUGAUGCACAGUGAUGUAGAUGUAGAUGACGUCCUUCUAAUUCCCUUUGCGAGUGCGAGAUGGUGCGAGUGUCCAGCAGCGAUGCCUUGGGGCCCUCUGCUGGGUGAGCGCUGCUCCUGCCGCUGCUUGGGAAUUAGAGGAGGAAAGCAGGGCAGCGCGAUUACUUUUUCUGUUGUCCUGCGUCCUGCUUGUCCUUCCUGAACUCUUCAGAUACAAAAUCUAAAUUCAAAGACUCCCUUAGUACAGUUAAAAGCAUGAAAAAAUUGCAGUGCUCAGAGCAGGCAGCAUUUUGGAAUUUGUCCUUUUGGAAUAGGAGAAUGAAGAAUUUCUGUGGUCUUGAUCUUUUUUGUUUUGUAAUUAAGACAAGCUAAUACAAGCCCUGCCCCAUGCACACAUACACACUCGCAUACAACUUGUUUUCAGCCAGAAAACAUAGCAAGAGCAUCUUUCCCACAAACCUUAACAAGAAUACAGACACAGUUAUUGUAAAGUGAUUUAUUUUACAAAAUUGUGUCCCAUGGCUAAACUACAGUCCAUUACUUCAACAUUUAUUUGCUCUGAAUUUGGGUGGAUAUUUUUUCUUUUUUUCUUUUUCUUUUUUUCCCCCAUCAGUGACAGUGAAAAAGCUUUCUGGAAGGAGAGAGACUGUUCUCUGUAUGGGAUGAUAACUGAACUGUCUUUAGCAAAACUUGAUUACAGUGGUAUGUCUGAGCACUGUGACAGAUUAUGUUAGGAUUUCCAUCAUACUGUACAUACUUUUGAGAUAUUCUAUUUAGUCAUAUUUUAUAGGAGUAUUAAGCUAGUUAAUCACUUUUGCACUAGUAUAAUUCAGAACUUAGUUUUAAGAAUAAAUAUGGCAAACAAUUUUUGUGUUCUGCUUGCAUUGGCAUUUUUGAAAAGCAACAUUUAAGAAAGUGGAACUGUGUUAAUAAACUGACUAGCGUGAUAUACACCACUGCUCUCUUAACUAAUAGAACUGAAACUGUUUAAAUGCAUGACAGGCCACACUGUUUAAACAGAAAUUAAGAAAAUGGGGAGUGGGGAGCCCUCUGGUUUGCCAGAUAUGCCAAAUUCCAUUUUAAGCUGCUGCAGUACCAUUGAGUCAUGUGAACUUGCACUGGUUCACUGUGGAUUUGACUAGGUAUAUGGAGAGAGAAAAAACACCAAACAAACUGUACCAUCCAGAUGAGCAAAAAUUUAUCUCUGCCAGCUGAAGUGGUUCUCCCUGUACUUUUUUAAUAAUAGGUAAAUGUAAUGUAUUUAAAUCAGUAGUAUGACAUCCAACUAAUGCCCAAACUGAGGAAAAAGUUCUAUUAGCACUAAUUAUUUACAAUUGGGAAGUCAUUGCUUGUAGUCUCUUAUGUCAGUUAGUACUCUAUAUUCCAAAGGACUGGAAACCAGAAGAUAAGGGUCUGCUAAGUAACUGCAAAGUAAUCAUGGAAUUCUUAUAUUUGAUCUUAUGCCAGUCAUUCAGAUCUGCGUUUCGGAAAGUGAUUUUUUUCUGGGUGCCCAGCUUAAAAGACCCAUUUCUCAAAGGAUGAUUAUUCAUCAUUCUGAAAAUUAGAUCCCUUUAAAAAGUUUCAUUCAAAAAUGUAAGCUCUCAGCUCACUGAUUCCUUUUAAAAGGACAAGUCUUAACCUCCAGGUUUUGAUUAGAAAAAGUAUUAAUAGUCAUCUUUUUGCAGAGUACUUUGGAGUCUAGGGGCCAGAUGUGCUGUAGAAAGCCUGAUUGUUCUUUACAGUUAGUCUGUUUACUCUUGGGGAAAGCUCUUUUCCAAAUGAGCUUUCCCCAGCUACAGUAAGGUUCUUUAUCUGAUCUGAUUGAAAUGUUUUAUUACUUACCUGCUGUUUGUGGGUUUUCCAUCUUGCUGAGCAUUGGAUACAACACCUGGAAAUAAGCUUCAAGGCUUCGUAUGUGAACAGUAGGGUGCUGCAUGUCCAAAAGGACUUCAGACUGUACUUUGGUUGAGGACAUGAAUGUUUGUAUGCAUAAAGCUCCAGUAAGCACUGAAUUUGUACACACAGGCAAUAUUUAUUUAUACUGGGACUUCAUGCAUGCAAGUGAUAACGUGCAACCUAACCCUGCGUGGUAUCAAAUAAUGGGAGUUAAUGCUAUUUCUCUCAUCUGCAGCAGGGGCCUGACACUCUUGGCUUAUGCCUUGAUUACUGACAGUCCUGGCUGAACUUCUGUAUACUUCAUUACUGAUAGCGUGCUAUUACUGUUCCUUUCACAGCCUCCGUUUUUGUCCUGAAGCAAAACAAUCAAAGCAAGAGAGACAGCGGGGUAGGAAGGACGUGUUGGAAAGUCCAGAGCAGACCACAGUUCUGUAAUUGGGAGUGUAGUUAACAUAACAUUACUUCCAGCUGAUAGGGCCAGCUUUUACAACUCACAAGGUUUGGGUCCUUUGUUAUUUUAUUGCCUGAUGACAAAAUCUGUAGUCAGUUUAGUAGUAUUACUGAUAGACUUACUGGAAUAACUUGCUUGAGGUGAAGGUCAUGUCUACUGGGGAUCUGGGGACCUGGAACAAGCUUUUGAUGAAUGAGGGGAUUUAAGUAGGUUAUUAUGGACCUUGGUUAAAGUGGUGGUGCUUUUAGAUUGUCUCCUCUAAAGAGUCUUUACUGAAUUCAUUUCUGUUCCUUUUUCAAAAUGUAAACAUUUUACCUCAAAAUAUUUAUCCACUUGCAACUUUUUUUCACACAUUAAUGUGAAUUUAAGACCUUUGCAUUUCGUUGUUUCCCUUCUACCCAGGAAAUCCUAUUUAGUUCUGUUUCACCAAAAAGCAAAACUGGGUAUGGAUUAAAGUUCUGGACAGACCCUGGCUUAAAUUCAUCCUCAUGAAAUGCUCUUGAAUAACUAGUCAUGCUAUCAAAAACAUAAAAACUUUCCUUCCUUGUUUUAGCACGUCUUCUGGGGGAAGUACAGCAGCUUUCAAAUAUUCUGGACUCCUCUUAAAAGGAGAGAGAUGGUUUUUAAAAGGUGAGCUGUGCUCUUGCUUUUAAAUACAUUUAGACUGCUGCAUUGAGGGUAGAAGUGCAAGGGAGGAAGUGGUGUAAAAGCUGUUUCCCACAUGCCUAUAUGAAGUGUCUGCAGAUUAGCCACUGCAUUUGCUUUGGCUUGCACUGUCACAGGUAGAAAAACAACAGCACUCACAAUGGAAAGGCGAGAACUCCUAAUGCCUUUACUGCAGAUGCUUGAAAAACAUUAAAAAAAAAAAAAGCCUUAACUCAUCUCUCCCUUUUCUUAAUUGCUUUAUCAACUUGUUCAGCUGCUACACAGAGCUUCUGGGGCUGUAGUAAGUGUCAUCCAUGGUUUCUUUAAUUGUACCAAUACAGUGGCUACAAGUCCUACAAUCUGGGACAUUUAUCAGUGGGAUUCUUGCUAGAGAAACGAAGGCAUUCAGGACCUUAAGACAGACUUCAGGAUUUAAACCUAAGUAAUUGAUAGCUAUAUAAGGCAGGGCCCAUUUGCUGUGUCUGAGUCAGGGGCUUCCUCACCCACCUCAGUAAGAGCAUCCAGCAAGAAGGAUUAAACUUCUCUAUUAUUAUACACCAGAAAAUCAGCUUUGUUUUAAUAAAUCAUUGUAACUGAUCAUAAUCUAGUACAAGAAAUGUGUCUACAUUAGUGCCAGAAAGAUGUGUUCUUGUCACUGUUCAGUUAAUGAAAGUAAAUGCUUUGAAUUCAUUUUAGAGCAGAGUUCUUGUUCAGAAGCUUGAAAGGAAUAUGUCAUCUGUAAUGACUGAUGGAUCCUUAAAUGUUGAUUUGGCAAGUUGUCCUAGUGUGGGUAGCUGCAGAAAUAUUUCAUGUAUGUUGUUGUAGAUUUGAAAACAUUAAUCAUGUUCUCAUUCAACUGUCUGCAUUUCUGACACAGAUGUGACAUAUCUGUAUAUAUUAUAAAUCAAUACUAUUUUUAACCAUAUAUUUUGUACAAAUAUUCACAUUAGCUCUGUACUUCAGUGAAAAUCUAUUAUGGUAUUAAACAUUUUGGUGGAAUUAGCAAA